GCGACCCACCUUGCGGCCAUGCGACGCGCUGCGAUCCUUUGCGUGGAGGAUGCGAAGCAGAUGGCGCGGCGGAGAGUGCCGAAGGCGUUCUACGACUACGUGGACACGGGGUCAUGGACAGAAUCCACGUACAGGUCCAACGAGGAAGAGUUCAACAAGAUUAAGUUCCGACAGAGAGUGCUGAUAGACGUGUCCACAAGGUCGACCAAGGCAAGGGUGCUCGGAGAGGAGUGUGCCAUGCCUGUGGCUCUUUCGCCCUGUGGUUUUGGUGGAAUGAUGUGGCCCAACGGUGAGACGCAUGCGGCCCGAGCUUGCGAGAAGUUCGGCAUCCCUUUCGCUUUAUCCACCAUGUCGAUCAACUCAAUUGAAGAUGUGGCGGCAGGAACUACCAAACCUUUCUGGUUCCAGCUCUACGUGAUGCGAGACAAAGGAUUCGUGAAGAAUCUGAUAAGCAGAGCAAAGGCAGCUAAGUGCUCUGCCCUCAUCCUCACCGCUGAUCUUCAAGUGCUGGGACAGCGGCACAAGGACAUCAGGAAUGGCUUGACCUUGCCGCUAAGGUUGGAGCUACAAUCUGUGCUCGACGUCGUCAGCAAACCUGCAUGGUGUAUCCGGCAGCUCUCUUCCAAGCGAUGGAACUUCGGGAACAUCGUCGGUCAUUAUCCCGGAGCUGAUUCCGUGCUCUCACUCUCGCAUUUCACCUCCAGUCAGUUUGACACGGCGCUGUCAUGGAAGGACGUGGAAUGGAUCAAGUCUCACUGGGGAGGAAAGCUCAUCAUUAAAGGCAUCAUGGACCCGCAGGACGCCAAGUUAGCCUACCUUCAUGGAGCAGAUGCUAUCGUGGUUUCAAACCAUGGUGGAAGGCAGUUGGAUGGUGCCCCGCCGUCCCUAGCUGCCCUCACAAAAUGCGUAGAGGAAGUGGGAGGGAAGAUGGAGGUGUAUCUUGAUGGUGGGGUUCGAUCUGGACAAGAUGUGCUCAAGGCGAAGGCUCUAGGAGCGAAUUGCGCUAUGAUUGGACGCCCAUGGUUGUAUGGAUUGGCCUGUGGCGGCGAAGAGGGCGUCACUAACAUCCUUGAGAUCGUCCGAAAGGAAUUGGACAUCACGUUGGGCUUCUGUGGCAUUACUGAUAUCAAUGAUGUGAAAGGCCGAGGGAUUCUGUUAUCGAGCGAAGAAAGUUGUGUCCUUAAGCAAGAGGCUUGUGACCAUAGACAUGGAAUCUCAAAGGGAUAG